GUAGUGCUGAAACCCCUUCACAUCUUUUCACAUCUUCACAUCAAAUAAACUUCGAUGCUGAGGCUUGCUACGUGAUAUUCGGCUGCAUCAGAUCCUGAAUCGAUAAAGCCAAUCCUCUCCCAAUGUCCACAAACGUGUGGGACCAAAUGGGCUACGUCCCUCCCCGGGGCCAAUGCAAUUUCAAGCAGACCAUGAUAUCCACACGAUGCCCUUGUCUACGGUUCAUGCUCCAUCCACUAAAGAGCUCUUCGAGCUACGAAUGUGAUGGGUGCAGUCACCAUGCAUCUUUUCAUUCCAUGGAGAACAAACACGAGGAUGAGGUUCGCAAGCGCUGGGAGAACGAGGCCAAAGAGAAGCAGGAGCAGGAGGAAUUCGUCGCGGAUCAUCCGCGCAAACGAACUCGCUUGAUAGAGUAUCGCAACAAAUCUAGUAGCUCGUCCAACUCCCGUUCUCUUGGUAGCCACGCACUGGUCCAAGAUGAACUGGAAGCACUUCGAGUCGAAGCGGCAAUCGAAGCUGUUGAAUCUAUCGAAGCCAUCGAAGCUUUCAAGGCUGGACCCAGUAGAACGAGACCAAAGCCGAAAAGAGGGGGUGCCAGAUCAUCCGGGACUAGAGGUGCAGCGACGCGUGCGAAAGAGAGGGUGACGGAGAUUAUCGACGAUGAGGAUGAUGGAGAUGGGCUUUACAGAUGAUCCGUCGAGCGCCUGGCGGUGUGGUCGCAGCAAUUCCUUUUAGCAUAACCGAUACCCAAGCUUCUUUGUAUACUUUUUUCUAGCAUCAGAGCCCUUAUACCUUCACCG